AUGAGUGAAGAGAGGGUGAUCAUGGUGUGUCAGAACUACCAACGGAACUGUGAGGAUGGUGCCAACAAGCAGAUCAACAUGGAGAUUUAUUCCACCUAUGUUUAUUUGUCCAUGUCCUCGCACUUUGCGGAUGACAUUGCCCUGCAUCACUUUGCUGAGUUCUUUGAAAAGUGGGGUCAUGAGGAACGGGAACAGGCUGAGAAACUGAUGGAAUUCUACAAUUGGCAUGGAGGCCAGAUCUUGCUAGCGGACAUCAAGAAGUCAAAGCAGGAUGAGUGGAGCAAUGGUCUGGCAGCAAUGCAGAGAGCUCUGCAGAUGGAGAAGGAUGUGAACCAUAGCCUGCUGGAUCUGCAUAAACUCACCAGUCAACACACUGAUCCUCAUCUGUGUGACUUCCUAGAGAGCCACUACUUGGAUGAACAAGUGAAGAUGAUCAAGAAGCUUGGCGAUCACAUCACCAACCUGAAUAGACUAGGAGCCCCUGAGAAUGGUCUUGGGGAGCACAUGUUUGACAAAUUCUCCUUGGAUUAA